GAUGCUGCACCGUUUGUUCCAAGUUCAAGAUCGAGGAACUCCCGGUAGACCUCUGUCUGGUCCAUAUGCUAGCGAAGGAAUUGCGGAACUUUUGGGAAGAAGCGUGGAACUCUGGACGAGAAACGGCACGUCGUGGAGUCACGUCCGCGGGGUCCGAAACAGGAAGGAGGAGAAGGCAACGAGGAAAUGGAGAGAGAGUUCAUCCCCGAUCCAUGAGUGACCUCGAUCCCCGAUCCAACGUCUCCUUUCACUCGAGCACUUCUUUCCAGAGCUCUUUCUCGCACCGGCGCUGCCGAGGAACGCGAUUGCAUUCUAUCGAGCAUCGUGCCUUAGUCCGCCGGAGUAGGCCGGCACGACAUUACCGGUCAGGCCGACAUUUAGAUUUCACUUUCGCGUAAGUGGCAUCGGACGCGUGUCUAGUCUGAGAACGUUCUCGCGGCCGUGGAGAUCCGGUGAGUCCAUCGACCGUCCGAUCCAGAUCGAUCGCCAGUGCGUCAGGGAUACGAGAUUCCUCGACUUCUGUCCGCGAAAUCCGACUUCGUGUCCGGAAUUUCCACGCGUCCGUUUCUAACGUCCGGUAUCGCAUUUGCUUCCUCGUAGAAACGGAAAGGCGAAGAGAGUACACAGCUGGGAUCCUUUACCUGCAAAUUGACACGGGCCAUUUUAGUACGAGCGAACUGACAAGGUAGUACAUGUACGUAUGCGUGCACGGGAGAUCCGUUAGAUGAAAAGAUGCUGAAGGACGUGUCGGUGAAGCUGUGCAUCCUGCUGCUUCUUUACGAACACGCGACGGGCUUCGUUAUCCCGGAAGAGCUGCCCACCAUACUUUCGCUGAUCUACUCCAAUAUUCCGCCGAUAAAGAAAGGUACCGACUCGAGGAUCGGCGUGGGUUUCCGGCUCGGCGAGCAUGCGGAUUUUCAGGUACUGUUAGAGCUGGGACCGCAAACGGACACCGAUCCUAUCGGCAAUGCCGAGUCCAAGAGACGUCGAGACGCGAUGCUGAGCGCGGCUAUGCGAGGAGAGCUUGGGCCGCUGGCCCAAGCCGUGGCCAGGUAUCAGAUGGAACGCAAACUGCAGAAGGAGCUGGAGAGAUUGGAGAAGACGGGGGAGAAGCUGAAGACGGUGGCCAAGCCUGCAAAUGACGAUAAGAAGACUGUAGCCAGCGAAUGGUUGACAAAGUGGAGCGAAGAAAUGGUAAAUUCGACUGAGGAUCGGGGGGCCCUGGAAGACGUGUCAGGUGAGAAGAACGCGACCGAGUGGAAGGAUAAUGGGAUUAUACAGAGGAUAGGGCGACCCCCGAAAACAAAUGGCGGAAAAAAUACUGUUUCCGAUUUGAAGGAAUUGUAUAAAUCGAAAGGCAACGUAAAGAACGAAUGAGUUGGUCGGGAUAUGUAAGUUGUGAGUGUCCUUAAAAUUUGUUAGAUCGUCGAAUCAGUAGGUACGGGUGAAAGUGACGAUCUACGGCAAAAAUAAAAAUUGAUUAACCAUGUGCCAAAGGACAUUACGCGUAAUUGUCGAUU